CUUCAUACAGUCAACAACGAACGCACUGAUCAUCGGCGGUAACGACAACGACCACGACGAUCGAUAGUGUGCCCGAGCAUAUUCUAAGCGGAAUUUUAGUAGAGUUUUUGUUAAGUGACGUGAACGUCGCGUUCGAUCGUGUUAUCCUUGCGCGUACAGCGAGGCUUAAGAACAACAACAAAAACACGUGCGGUGUGUUUAACGAAAUAGAAGAAGAAAGCAAAAAAUGCAACAUUAAACUGAUUGUUUAAAACAAAGUCAUUUGAAAAUUUGUAAAAAAAAAAUUAUUAUUAAAAAAUUAUUGAGAACUUUGUGUGGGUUGAACUGUAGAUUGAGUUGUAUACUUUUUGUGGAAUUCCUAAAUGAGAAUUUUAUAAAACAAAAGGACAUCGAGCAAAUAAAACAAAUAUUAUUUUUCAUCAAAAAACUUAAAGGAGCAUAAGAAAUAAAGAUGGCUCCAAAUCUGAUCGGCAGCACUUUUCUCAUCGCCGAAACGGCCAUUACUAAUAAUGAUGCCAACAACAAUAAACAGACUACAUUAGCCAAGACCAGUUGUAAGAGUAGUAAUGAUCGUGUACCCAAUCAGGGUGAAUCGGCUGCGGCCAUGCAACAGCAGUCGGCCAAAACGUCGGCACAAACUCAAAGUAAAACGGAUGCUGUCACGCAGAAACCUUAUAAAAUGGAAAUUGUGUGGUUCAAUGUGAUGCUGUUCGUGAUAUUGCAUUCGAUGGCACUCUAUGGUUUGUAUCUGAUUUGGGCUGAGAACGCGUACUUGGAGUUCUUUAUCGGCUACUUAUACGCCGUACUCGGUGGUUUGGGCAUUACAGCUGGUGUACAUCGUCUCUGGUCGCAUCGAGCCUACAAAGCUAAACUGCCAUUGCGCAUCUUCCUUAUGUUGUGUCAGUCGCUCGCCUUUCAGAACAGCAUAUACGAGUGGUGUCGCGAUCAUCGUGUUCAUCACAAAUUUACCGAUACUAAUGCGGAUCCCCAUAAUUCGGGUCGUGGUUUCUUCUUUGCCCAUAUGGGUUGGUUGAUGUGCAAGAAGCAUCCCGAUGUGAGAGAGCGUGGCAAGACCAUUGAUAUGAGUGACAUUUUGGCCGAUCCCGUCGUUAAAUUCCAGAAGAAAUUGUACUUCCUCAUCAUGCCCAUUUGCUGUUUCGUCAUUCCUGGACUCUUCCCAUACUACGUAUUGGGCUCGUCACUGCAAGUUUGCUUCUUCGUCUGCUCUAUGUUGCGUUAUGCGCUUUCACUGCACGGCACAUGGUUGGUGAACAGCGCGGCUCACUUCUACGGCAUGCGACCAUACGAAAAGAACAUCAGCUCGGUUGAUAGUAAAAUGGUGUCGGUGAUCGCUUUCGGCGAAGGUUGGCAUAACUAUCACCAUGUUUUCCCAUGGGAUUACAAAGCGGGAGAAUUGGGCACAUACCAAUACAACUGGACGACUGCCUUCUUGGACUUCAUGGCGCGCAUUGGCCAAGCUUACGAUCUGAAAUCGGUGUCGAACGAGAUGAUCUUGAAGCGCGUGCAACGUACUGGCGAUGGCACUCACCCUUCGGUGCAGGAUGUGAACAACAAUAAUGUGAACAUAAGCGAACUGGUGUCGAAACUCGAUCAUGACAACGAGGAGACGCUCGUUUGGGGUUGGGACGAUAAGGAUAUCUGCGAUGAGGAUCGCAAGGGUGCUGUGCACAAGAAGGAGGAAUAAAGGCGCUUGCAGUCUACAGUGCUCGUACACAAUUUCAUGCAAUUUUUUUCCCGGUUUACAUAGUAAAAUUGUACUUGGUGCCUGUUUAAAGCUGUCAAUUCUCAAGCAACCGCCAGCACGAAAAAGUUCAUAGUAUGAAAGAAAAAGGAAAAGAGCAACAAAAGUAAAACAAAUCACCAGUCAAAAGUACGAACAUACACACACACACACGUACAACCAUAAACAUAGAGAGCGCAUACUCAAUGUACUUGCAAAUUAUCCAAUUAUCGAGAGGGGGAGGGUAAAGCCGCGCGCUGAAGGAAAUACUGUGGGACAUUUCAGCACCGUUGCGCACAAUCUUAAGGCAUGAAGUUGGAUAACUUAUAUAUGAGGUUGCGUAAUUAUAAAAUCAAAAAUACAAAAUGGCGGUUCUAUGCGGCAUACAUACUUAUUACGUUAAGGGAGGUAGUUCACAUACUUACAGCGUUAAGGCUAGUUCUAAGGAUAUUGCUUGUGUAGUGUUUUAAGGUUUAUUUUAUUUCUAAUGUUUUUUAUGAUUUUCAACUUUGCAGUUGACGAAAUAUGUUUUAUAUAAACAACAAACAUACUUGUAUGAAAUGGAAUGCUAGUUUUAGUUUGCUUUAAAUCUAUUUUGUAUAUUACAAUAUGAACAAUAACCAAAAAUGUUAAGGUAAA